AUGAGGUCGAGUGCUAAUCGAGACGCCUUUCUCCGGGAAAUGGGGAUCACCCAUGAUGAUAUCAUCAACCCGGAUGACCGCGUCCCAAAUAAAGACGCCCUCUCCAAAUCCAAGACGAGUUUACUUGGUUCAGGGGGGGAUUUGUCCAGCCGAAGUUAUAAAAGCACGGGAGUCUCGGCCUAUCCAAAAGACCCCUCCAUUCGGGCGGAUGCCGCGGGGGGCACCGCGUUUGCCGCGAUCUCUACCAACCCCGCCCGCCCGCGGGAUGAGGUAGAGGAGUUGAAAAUAGCCGGGAAUAACGCCUUUGAGCGGGGCCACUUCGCCGAGGCAAUCCGGCUUUACUCAGAGGCGAUUAAAUGCCACGGCGAGACCUCAGCGAAGAGCCUGUCCGGCGGCAAUGAGGGCUUUGGAGGGGGAGGAAUUUGGUCGAUCCCCACGCCCGCCUCCGCGAAACCAUCGGCGAUGUUGUUGACCUCCCUUUAUAGCAAUCGCUCGGCUGCCUUUAUGCAGGCGGCGCACGACCCCACCGUCGCGGCAACCCCCGAGGCGGCCUAUCAAAAAGCGCUUGGCGAUGCCGAGCAGGCGGUGGCGCUUCGGCCUGAUUGGUUUAAACCCUACUCCCGCCAGGGCGAUUCGUAUUUUAAACUCCGGCAAUACCACCAGGCUGCUGAGGCCUAUCAGAUGGCGCUUUGUAUGGAACCGGGCAACCUCAACCUGGCGAACUCCCUGAAGGAAUCCCAGGAGCGGGCGAAAUCCAGCGUCCUGGAGCGAUUAAAAACAAACCGACGGGUGCACAAGGAGCAAGGUGGGGGUGGCUACGCUCCACCGACGGAGCGAAUGAACGUCAAAAAUCCCCCCGAAGCCGCGCGCGUACCCCCAUCUAACCACCCCACCCUCAAUAGUGCCCCCACGGUGAAUCCGACAAAUACGACAAACCCGAGAAAUACAAUGAAUUCAACACAAACGGUGAAUUCUAAAAAUACAACAAACACGAGAAAUACAAUGAAUUCAACACAUACAAUGAAUUCUACAAAUACAACAAACACGAGAAAUACAAUGAAUUCAACACAUACAAUGAAUUCUACAAAUACAACAAACACGAGAAAUACAAUGAAUUCAACACAUACGGUAAAUUCCGGGAAUAUUUCGGCCCCUUCGCAGGUUCUUUUCACCCCCGAGGAGUAUCGCCAUAAGCAACUCGAGGAAUUCCGACGCAAACGAGAGGAGCGGGUGAAGAAAAGCUCCCUCACGGAGGAUGGCCUAACGGAGUCAUUCUCUGUGAUGAGCCCGGAUACGAUGCAGAAUUCGAAAUGCCAUUCCGUCUCCUCCGGCGGGGUUGAAGACUCGAUACGAAGUCUAAAUAAUAUAAAAAACGACUAUACAACGAAAGAGAACUCCAACAAAGCAUCAGCGAUUUUUGAGGAGGGGCCUGAGAGAAGAAUUGGGAAUCAGAACAUUCCUUAUAAGUUUUCUAGCGAAGCUGCCACCGCAUACCAGAAGAAGCUUUUGGAGGAAUUUCGCCGCAAAAAAGCAACCACUUCUUCCUUUUAAUUGUUUAAUGGAAUAUCAAGAGAUGGUUGAUUUCUGAUAUCCAUGUGAAUCGGCUUUAUGAGGUAGCGAUCCUGGAGAGCAUACUUUCCAUCGCUCAACUUUGUACACAGCCCAAAUGGCAUUCCUUUCUUCUAUUCUUGGAUAUAGGAAAAGAGACUGCAUAUUUGAUGUAAAUAUUCACAUGAAUGGAUCUCCAUAGAAAUGCGGCUUUCUUUUUAUGCAUACUAUUUUAAACGUUCCCUUGCCAUUAUUUUCUUCUUUAAUAAAGAAAAAAAUAAAAGGAUGCAAUAUGAAUGUGUAUUAAGAUGUUAGAGGUAACAUCGGGAGAAAGGUUAUCAAAGAGAUUAAAAAAUAAAAACAAAUAAAUCAUUCCAUGAUUGCCUUUCAGCGCUUUUUCUCGUUGCUGUAGUUUAAUAAGGAGACUAUAUACAUUUGCUAAUAUAAUUUUUUAAGUUCACUUAGUUUUUAUGAUGUAUAGAACUUUCUGUAUUUUGGAUCAAUGUGAAAUCCUAACAUAUAUA